UGUGGCUCUCUUCUCUUCAAGCAGAAGCAGACAAGAACUUUCGGCCAUUUUUUCGGGGUGUUUGUUGUUUUCACCCAAACAAGAGGCUGUUCUCAGGUCGACGCUGAGACGUGCCUACAAGUCAACCUAUUGCUGGUUUGGAGGAGGGUAAAAUGAUCCCAGAUCAGUGUCUGUUUCAGUGUCAUGCCGUCCCCUAUCGCGCUGCUAGGUGCACGGCAGCCUCGCGAUAGCCUCGCCUACUAGAAUCAAAGCUUCGUUGGCGAACUGGAUGCUGACAGGCGCGCGGUGCGGUCGGUCGUCAUGCAAAGGUUACAUUGGAUCCGUUUCAGCGAGUCUCUAAAGAAGCUGCUUCUCUCCGCCGGACCCCGCACGGAGCGCAACAUGCGAGACGUCUAGCAACACAAACACGCUCGGACUCACGUUAACUGGACCGUUUGGCUCCAGCAGGUGCCAAACGAUGGACGAAAGUUUGGGAUUUCCGCAAACGGCAGUGUGUACGCUGGCUCCUAUCAGCGGUAAAGUGGCUUCAUGAGUGUCCAAAGUAACAGUGGAAGUGGUGGUGGAAGUUUGGAGGCGACGCCAUCUUGGUCGCAGCUCUCCUCGUCCCCAACGAUUUCUCAACAACAUAUAACGGCGACCGCAAAGAGCAAGGAAGGCCCCAUGGAGGAGCUGCACAGCCUGGACCCCAGGAGACAGGAGUUGCUGGAGGCCAGGUUCACAGGAGCAGUCAGUGGCAACACAGGAGGCAGCACUGGGAGUACCAGUGGAGGUGCUAAGGGUCUGGCCAAUGAGUCUUCUAACCACAGCUAUGGUAGUUUGGGCUCAUCUAGCGACAAGGAAUCCGAGAACUCUGAUUUGAAAAGAGGGAGCUCCCCUGCCUACUCAACCCCAGAGAAAAAACACUCGGAAUCGUCCAGGGGGAGGAAAAGGAAAGCUGACACCUAUUCAGAGAGCAGUCAAGGGAAGACCUCCACACGUGGGCCCAAGAUCAGUGACUACUUUGAUGGUGGGAAUGGUUCCAGUCCAGUCAGAGGCCUCCCAUCAGCUCGCCGCUCUCCACAGAACUCUCACUCUGCCCCGGGCUCAAUCAUCCGGCAAAAUAGCUCCUCUCCUACGAGUCUGUGUUUUGGAGAACACAAUCCCAAAGCCUCCUCCAGCAAGUGUGUCCAGACAGAGCUAACAGGCCUGAAACUUGCCGCUCUGGAGAGCAACAAGAGUCUGGACCUGGAAAAAAAAGAGGGACGUAUCGAUGACCUGCUCAGAGCUAACUGUGACUUGCGGAGGCAGAUAGAUGAACAGCAGAAACUCCUGGAGAAAUACAAGGAGAGGCUCAAUAAGUGCAUCACCAUGAGCAAGAAACUGCUUAUAGAGAAGAGCACCCAGGAGAAGCAGUCAUGUCGUGAGAAAAGCAUGCAGGACCGUCUCCCGUCUCGGUCACUUCACACUGUCAGACACGGAGCGUCCUACACAGAGCAGUGGACGGACGGAUACGCAUUCCAGAACCUGAUCAAGCAACAGGAGGGCAUCAACCAGCAGAGGGAGGACAUAGAGCGACAGAGGAAGCUGCUGGCCAAGAGGAAGCCUCCUAACCCUGCAUCUCCCUCCCUCUCGGUUGCCUCCACUUCUGAAGCCAAGCAGCGGAAAACUAAGGUGGUCAACGGCAACGACUCUGACCCGUUUCUCAAGCCCUCCUUGCCCCAGCUACUGACACUCGCUGAGUACCACGAGCAGGAAGAAAUCUUCAAGCUUCGCCUAGGACAUCUGAAGAAGGAGGAAGCAGAGAUCCAGGCAGAGCUGGAGCGGUUGGAGCGGGUAAGGAACCUCCACAUCCGAGAGCUGAAGAGGAUAAACAACGAGGACAGCUCAGCGUUUAAAGACCAUCCCACCUUGAAUGAGAGGUACCUGCUGCUGCACUUGCUGGGCAGGGGUGGCUUCAGUGAAGUCUAUAAGGCUUUUGACCUGUUUGAGCAGCGCUACGCAGCUGUUAAAAUCCACCAGCUCACAAAAACUGGGAGAGAGGAGAAAAAGGAGAACUACCACAAGCAUGCAUGCAGGGAGUACCGGAUACACAAACAGCUGGACCAUCCCAGAAUAGUCAAGCUGUAUGACUACUUCUCCCUGGAUACUGACACGUUCUGUACAGUUCUAGAGUUCUGUGAAGGCAACGAACUGGACUUCUACCUGAAGCAAAACAAGCUGAUGUCAGAGAAGGAGGCCCGCUCCAUUGUCAUGCAGAUUGUCAGCGCCCUGCGCUACCUCAACGAAAUCAAACCCCCCAUCAUCCACUACGACCUCAAACCCGGUAACAUCUUAUUGGUGGAUGGUACUGCAUGUGGAGAGAUCAAAAUCACAGACUUUGGCCUGUCUAAGAUUAUGGAUGAUGAUAACUAUGGUGUGGACGGAAUGGACCUCACGUCCCAGGGGGCAGGCACCUACUGGUACCUUCCUCCAGAGUGUUUUGUGGUGGGGAAGGAGCCACCUAAAAUCUCCAACAAGGUGGAUGUCUGGUCUGUGGGAGUGAUCUUCUUCCAGUGCCUCUACGGACGCAAGCCGUUUGGUCACAACCAGUCACAGCAGGAUAUUCUCCAGGAAAACACCAUCCUCAAAGCCACAGAGGUCCAGUUCCCUGCUAAACCACAGGCCAGCACAGAGGCCAAGGCAUUUAUCAGGCGCUGUCUGGCUUACCGCAAGGAGGACCGGUUUGAUGUUCACCAACUGUGCUCGGACUCCUACCUCCUCCCUCACAUGAGACGUUCAAACUCCUCCGGCACCCUGCAGCCCGCCUCCUCGUCUCUCCCGUCCUACUGACUGGCUUGCAUGAUUGACAGGACCCUUUGGCCACUCUCGAGGCAGGAUUGUUGGAAUCUGAAGAUAAUGGAUGCAGCCGUUUUUUUUACCCGAGCUGUUCCCAAAUGGAUGAAUAAGCAACAGAGCAGAAUAAAACACAAGAUGGAAGAGUGAAACUCCCUUUGCACAUGUUGUCCAAAGUUGUGCCCUAGAACUCAACCGUGUGAGAUGGGGGAAAGAACAUCACUGGAAAAUAGAAUGGAAGGGAGAGAGAGCAGGGCAAGAAUUGAAAGCGACUCAUCCUUGUUUAGAUUUAUUGGAUUUAUUUUUGGACUUUAUUAAAACAACCCUUUAGGAGACAUUUCAACAGCUAUAGGAGCUCCUAGAUGCCGUGUUCAAGCCCACAUCGCUCAUCUCUAUUCCAUAGUACAUCUCACAAGAUGGCUCAGGAUUUGUUCAACCUAAAGCCGCUGUUGUAGAUGUUGAUUUGAGGGUGGCAUUGACUGAUGGGAAACUGAAUUAAAAAAGGGCAAACAGGUGUGCAUUGCAGAGAAGGGCUACCUACUCAAGUAAACUCUGCACUCCAUUGUUAUAAGGCACAACAUGAUGGUUACAUCUGAAUGAGUUUACCCAUAUAAUCCUUCUGUACAUGAUGGGGUUCACUUGAAAGUGACAUAACCUUAAUGGGACUCCAUUUAAAUAAAAGAAAGUAAAAAAAUUUAAAAAAAGUUCCAGAUAACAUUUCUGGGCUUGAUUUGCACUUCCGGUCCAGGUUGUGGUGAUCUGGUCUCGCACAUUUGGCAUGAAGUACUACAGAGCGGGCGAAUUCUGAACUUAUCAAUCGCCAAGUCCUCCGUUCAGAUUUUCUCUUUUGUUACAAAGCAAUUCAGAGCAACUGCUGGGUUUACAGGAAGUGGGUCUGUGAAUCGGUCUUAAUCAUCUUUGUUAUUCAGGUAAGAGUCUAAAGUAUUACAGUACCAUGUUUUCAUCGAUGUCCUCAGCUACCUGCCUGGAGAGAGUUGGACUUCAUGAACUGAGUGACUGGAUCAGCUGUUACUGUACUGCAAAGACUCGGGACUCAGAAUAUAGUCACUCACUCGCAAAUACAUAAUGAGGCUUAUCCUUGCUUCCCAGUGUCUCACUUUGCACUGUCAAUUUGUGUUUCCUCCUGAAAGCUGUUCUCAGUUUGCUGCUAUAAAUUUUGCUUUUAGUUUGUAAUGUGUGAAUGGUUUUUGCCUUGAAUAUGUGCAUACUUGAACUGUGUUAAGAGGAACACUCUCCAUAGCCCCUCUUCUGAAACAGCCCCCCCCCCACACACACACACACCACACCACACUGUGCUAUUUGGGGUGUGCAACAUGUUCUUGUGCCACCAACAUUCAUGGCUACAUAGGUUUUUGUUUAUUUACAAAUCCAACACAUUAUAUGGAGCAAAGGCCCAGUAUGCUGUGUAGUGAGGAAUGGUCGCACCUGUUUCUGCCAUGUCGAGGUGGGCACGCUCCCAAGUUGGAGGUGUUGCAGCAUGAGUUACUGCGGCUAGAAAUCAAGUGGAUAUAUCCAAAUGUUGUCGUCCUGUAAAUAUAACACUUACCUGUACGUUGUUGUGACAUUAUAAACCCUCUGAAAUACAGGCAACCUGGACUCUGCAAAGCACAUCUGUCAGAUAAAGGACACGUGGGAGUAGUUAACA